GUAACCUGACGUUCGUGAGUGAAAGUUUGCAAACUGUGAUUACUGAACUUGACUUCAUAUACCGGUGUGUGUGUAUACAUAUAUUUUUGUAUGCUUUUGUGUGCGCAUUACUUUUGCUUAUAAUUGAAAUUUGUUAUCAAAAUGAAAUGCCAAAUCCCACAAAUAUCCUGGCACAGUCGAGAUCCAGUUUUAAGUGUAGAUUUUCAGCCGACUCAAGGAGACUUUCAUCGCUUAGCUAGUGGUGGAACAGAUUCGCACGUUUUGAUUUGGUAUAUUACAUAUCAAGAGAACAAAUCAAUUAAAAUUGAGUGUGCAUCAGACUUGUAUCGUCAUAAUAAAUCCGUAAAUGUUGUGCGCUUUUCACCGAAUGGUGAAUUACUUGCAUCUGGUGAUGAUGAAGGAGCCAUGUUCGUAUGGCAGCUGAAGGAUCGCAGUCAAGAAGAAGCUCCCAAGGAUGAAGAAGAUAUUAAUAAAGAAGAAUGGUAUCCUGUAAAAUUGCUUAGAGGUCAUCUAGAAGAUAUUUAUGAUAUUAGCUGGUCUGCAGAUGGGCAUUUUUUAGUGACUGCUUCAAUGGAUAAUACAGCUAUUAUAUGGGAUAUGCAGAAGUACCAAAAGUUACAUAUAUUAUCUGAUAGUAAAGGUUAUGUGCAAGGUGUUGCCUGGGAUCCUCGUGAUGUUUAUAUUGCUUCUCUGGGUUCUGAUCGAGCGUUACGAUUUCACAAUAUUAAAACCAAGAAAACUGUAUAUAAAGUCUUCAAGGCACCAUGGAAUAUUGUUACUGAAAAAGGCACCACAUUAUCUAGAUUGUUUUAUGAUGACACUCUUCAGUCGUAUUGUAGACGAUUAUGUUUCACUCCAGAUGGUGAAUUAAUUAUUGUCCCAUCUGGAAUUGUAGAAAAGGGAGAAAAUUUUCACAAUACUACAUAUAUUUUUUCAAGACAUGCACCAAACAAACCAGUUAUUCAUUUGCCUACAGGCGAUAAGUAUACGAUUGCAGUGCGUUGCAAUCCCUUGUUGUAUAAGUUGAACAGUGAUAAGAAAGAAAAUGAGACUGACGUAAACAGUAACAAAAAAACUGAGAUUAAUGAAACUCCAAAGCCGAUGAUAGAUUUGCCAUACAGGAUGAUAUUUGCAGUUGCAGCUUCUGAUUCCAUAUUGUUAUAUGAUACAGAGCAGUUGUUUCCUUUUGCAUACAUUUCAAAUAUCCAUUAUACACAUUUGUCAGAUUUAACAUGGUCUUCCGAUGGGCGCAUACUUGUUGUUUCAUCAACAGAUGGAUAUUGUUCAUUCGUAAUAUUCAGUGAAGAUGAGUUGGGGGAAGUAUAUGAACCUGAAACAGUUCAGAUACCAGAAACUGUGAAAGUUGAAGAAACUCUGCCAGAGCCACUUACUCAGAGCAACAAAAUGGACAUUUGCAACUCACCAAAGAUUGACAACAUUCCAGUUAAUCUGGAAAAGGAGAAGGAGGUUAGUAAAGUUAUUCAAGCCUCUGAAGUAGACAAAUUACCUGAUAAAAGCAAUAAAGCACAAUCACCUUCAUCAAAUAAACGUCCUGUUGAGGAUUCCAAGUCAAAUAAAAAGCCGAAGAAAAUAUGCUCGAUUAAAAAUUAUUUUAUCUCACCUAAAGAAAAGCCAGAAAAAGCUUCAUCACCAGUAGUUAAAAUCAAAGAAAAAGAGUCUGAUGAAAUUAUUGUGAGUAGCUCUUGUGAUUUAAAAUCAUCUUCUGCAGAGAAGGAGUCUAGUUUUACUGCUGAAAAGCAAAGUAGAAAAGAUAAUUCAUCUAGCAACUUGACUACUGGGAAAGCAGACUGCAAAGAUGUUCCUGAAAUAUGUGCAAAUUUAUCUGAAUUUACUCCAAAAAGAAUGUUAACUGAACUCAAUAAAGAUGGUGAUGCUUCAAUUGAAAUUGUAUUUGAUGCUAAAACUCAAGCGAAACACCGCUCUUCCAGUGCUAAACCAAAGUGUAAAGUGCAGCUUAAUUUUGCAGAUGCAAAAAAUCCAGUAAAAAAAAAUGUAGGAAAUGUCGAUCAUGAUAUCACAGCUGAUGCUGUACUUUCUUUCAAUGAUUGUAAAACUGAUGAAACUAUUUCAGAAGUUAUUCCUGAUAAUGAACUCCCAAAAGAUGUGGGUGACUGGAAAUUAGAACUUUCACAAGAUGAUGAACCAAUGGAGCAAACUGCAGCUGUUAGUACUUCUGAAGCUGAUGAAAAAGUUAAGCGGAGAGUGCCCUUUAUUACCUUAUCCGAUGAUAAGGCUGCUGGAAAUUCAAAAUUGAAAUCUUCGGACAUUGUUAAAAAAGUACACAAAGUGCCUUCAGUUGCUAUGCAGCUGACUGAUCAACUUCCAGAUAAUGCGGUUAAAACUAGUGAUACAAACGAACAAAUCUUGCAGAAAUCACCUUCAAUAUCAAAUACUAAAGCAAAGCGUCGAAUACCUUUUGUUACCAUAUCUCCUAAAACUUCUUUCAAACCUUUAAAAGACUAAUGCUCAUUUACCAGUAAGUAAUAUAAUUUAUAUAAUUAUGCAUAAUAUAUAAUAAUUAUAAUCCUCUUUAUAUGCUAAGGAAGGUUAUUUCCUUAUCAUAUAAACAAUGACUAAAUUAUCUGUUUAACAUAUAAUAAUAAGGAGUAUAAUUGUUAUAUAUUAAGGAUAAUUAUAUAUAAAUUAUAAUUUUUACUGAUAUAUAAGUUAUACUGAUGAGUAUUAUAAUAUUGCUCCUUAUUAUAUAAAUUCAGGUGCUACAAAUAAGGUUUGAUUAGUUGGUUGUUCAGGAGUAAUCUUUGUGUUGUGGCCAUAUUGCUUUGCUUUUUGAAAAACUGGUUGAAAAAGCCGUUAAUUUACCCCAAAGAAAAUAACCCUCCCCAUAUUUAAGUGGUUAGAGUGUAUUGUAUCUAUUCCCUGAUCCUGAAGAGAUUAUGAAUUUGUAUAUUGUUUUAUUUUAAAUUUCUUUUUUGGUUACUUGUUUCUUUAUUUGUAUUUAAUUAUCUGCAUAUUGUAUUAUUUUAGUAUAUUUUGAUAUUUUAAAAGAUUCAAAGAAAAUUAUCUGA